GCGCGGUUGCCAGGGGAACAGAGUCCUUGGCGAAACAGUAAAGCAGCCGCGGGUUGUAGUGGUUGCGGAUUAGGCCUGCGGGCAAAAUGGUGAGGGGCAGGGAUGUUUUAAGGGGCUCCUCGGAAAAUUGGGGAAUGGAGGGCGGGGGGACGACUAGCGGAGCCUCAUCCCGCCCCCCUCACCUAUCUUUGCUCUUUCUUCCCUCCCCUCCGCCUUUUGUAGAUGCUCUCGCGGCUCAAGCCCGCCGUCGGGGGCGGCUCUCAAUCCGCUGACAAGCGCAAAAAGAAAGGCAAGCGAAUCCCGCAGCUGGAGGAGCUGCUGACCCAGCGGGACUUCACUGGGGCCAUCGCCCUACUGGAGGUACCAGGGGCACGGCUUGGAAAAUGCGCACCUUGCGCCAAGAACCGACAGAGACGGCGCUGGGUUGUUCGUGGGGAUGGGCUCAGAGCUGAUGGUAGCCUUAUGACUAGUGGGAGUUAAUGCCUUGGAAAUAAGGGGCCUUAACAUUCACCCUCCUGUUCCAGCCUUUGAUUCCUACAGAGGGAGAGUGGAGAGCCUCUGUGCUACUUUUAUCGCAGCCUGCUUUUAUUUUUCCUGCUUUGUGAGGUGUAGGAGGUGAAGUUUGACCUCUGCACAGAAUUGCAUUCUUCUGGAGACCUGGUACCACUUCCAGAAGAUUACUUAUACACUCUUAAGUACUGUUCACCAUCCUGAUACAGUUAGGAUGUUAAGUGUGUGUAAUGCUGAUACUCCAAAGGCUGUGGGAUGAGGACAAGAAAUCUAAUGUUCUCCACACACAAAACCACAGGAGGAUGAGCAAAAUGGAUUACAGUAUAAAAAGUUUGCCUGUGAACACUUGCAUACUUAUAUUUCUUUAAAGCUGGCAUAGGCAAACUCGGCCCAACAGAUGUUUUGGGACUACAACUCCCAUCAUCCGUGACCACUGGUCCUGUUAGCUAGGGAUGAUGUGAGUUGUAGUCCCAACACACCUGGAGGGCUGAGUUUGCCUAUGCCUAAUUUAAAGCAAGAGUUUUAUACCGAUUGAUUCAGUUUCUAAUGUCUAAAUCAGGGUGGGGGACUUUUUCCAGUCCUUCGUGGAUAGCAUUUGAGGGUGGUGGGAUAUGCCAAUAGCAGCCAUGGCAGGAGGCAAAAGAAAAAACACAGGUGGGGCAAUGGAUGCGAUCCAUACUUUUGUAUAGUAGUCUACAAGCCACACAAAAGUCAGAUGUUUCUCUGGCAAUACUAGAUGGUGUGGUGCAGCUGCCCUGCUCACUUUGUCUCCAGUUGCUUUGCUGCUGCAUACCAGGAUGGAAAGGGGUAGGGGCAUGUUUGCACCAUGCCAAUCUUGCUGUCACCUCACCCCUUUCUCUGUCUCAGUAUGCAGCAGUGAUGUAGCUGGAGGGACAUCAGGUGAGUGGCUAUUAGGGACAGGCAGCAGUCCGAGAGGUGGGCAGAAGAGGCAGGGGAGCAGGAGGAUGAUCCAGGGGAAGGGCCAGCAAUUUGUGGGGCUCUAUGUCAGCCAGAGACAGGAAGAGAGGAGGCCAUGACAGAGUUGCAGGAAGACUCAGAGGUGGAAAAGACAGUCCCAGAGAGACUUCUGCUAUCCCUCCCCUUCUAUCUCCCAAGGACAAGGAGGGGCUUAAAGUGACAGGAGCAGGUGGAGCUGCUACACAGGAGAAGUUGCUAGUUGCUUGCAUACACCACACCAGACGGGGUUUAAGUGAGUUGGAAGGGGUGUGGUCACGCUGCUGCUCCAACUAUAGUGGUACCUCAGGUUACAAAUGCUUCAGGUUACAUAGGCUUCAGGUUACAGACUCCACUAACCCAGAAAUAGUACCCCGGGGGUUAAGAACUUUGCUUCAGGAUAAGAACAGAAAUUGUGCUCCGGCAGCGCGACGGCAGCAGGAGGCCCCAUUAGCUAAAGUGGUGCUUCAGGUUAAGAACAGUUUCAGGUUAAUAACGGACCUCCGGAAUGAAUUAAGUACUUAACCCGAGGUACCACUGUAUCCAGGUUGGAGUCUGAAGAAGCAGAUGCCUAGUUAGCUGAUCAGCAGGAGUGAGGUGUCUGUCCCUUGCACCUCAGGAGCUGGUGUAAUUGAGUGCUUUGCCAGUAAAGAACUAAACUUCAAAUUGCUUGUCUUCAUUGGGGCAGGGUGUGCUCAGGACAGUGGCAUAGCCCCACCAUUUCCUUUGCUACUAUCCUGUUCCCUUCUAUAAAAAACACACACCUGUCUCUGUAUUGUCCAACAAGGCAAGCAAGAGGUAUUAUCACAGUUUAAGGACGCACACUCGCCAGGAAAAGCAGCCAAGGAGGCCAUGGAAGAGGAACAGUGAGGGGUGUGGUCUAAGGAGGAGGCAUUGUCUGGAGAUAGUAUUGAGCGUUGGAGAGAGAAGCAUUGAGGGCCACAUUUUGCCCUGGGCCUGUGGUUCUUCCACCCCUGGUCUAAAUACUAAAGUUUCUGUUUUAAAGGAGGCCUAUUCUACAGUAAGACAUAGGCAUAUAGCCUUUGUGCUUUUCUGAUGAAUCAUAGAAUUGUAGAAUUGGAAGGGACCCCAAGGGACAGCUAGUUAAACCACCUGCAAUGCAGGAAUCUUUUCCCCAUAUGCACUAGGCACUGUACCUUUAACGGCUACUUGUAGUUUGGUUUUGGUACUGGCGAUGCUGUGACCAACCAAUGAAUUUCUGCUUAUCAAGUUGUUAAAGACACAGAGUUCAGUUGGGAAAAACCAGCUAUCAAAGUAUUUUCAAAAAAAGUUACUGUAUGUUACUUGCCUCCAGCCUCCUCAUCACAUUUAUGUAUGUCAUAAAUACUUAAGGCUUUUGAAGGUGAGCCAGGUUAAAACCCUUGAAAAUGUCAACCAUUACAUAUUUGCAUCAUAUUGUGUGGUUUCAUUCUACAAAGUUGCCAGCAUAAAAUUACUUUUAGGAAUAACUUUCAUAUGAGAGUAUCCACGUUUGGGCAUCAUUUUAAUCUUAAUGUUUUCCUUCUGGAAGUUUAAGCGUCAUGUUGGGGAACAAGAUGAAGAUGCAGACCUCUGGAUUGGAUAUUGUGCUUUUCAUUUGGGUGACUACAAGAGAGCACUGGAGGUGAGGUGAGGAAAUCCUGCUUCCUUUUGGAAGGAAGGGGGAUAUUGUCUUAAUAUAAAAAACAGAUGGGAGUGGAAAGAGACGUGUCCUAGAGCAGUUCAGCAAAAAGGCAUGCCAUUUUACUAUAAGUCUUGAAACAGAAUGGUAUAUCCUCAUGCUGGAUUAUGAUUAUGCAUGCUUAUGGACUAGUGAAUCUGAGAGGCAUGAGCAUGGGAAAGGCAGGAUUAUUUAUUUAUUUAUUUGACUUACAUACUGCACAAUUAAUAAGGGUUAGGUAUUGUCAGUUUGCUGCUGCUAUUUUUCAAAAGUCUAUGUUUGUGUAAAGGAAAAUAUGUCUUGGUGUAAAAAGAAUUGUGUUUGUAUUUCUUUCCCCAUAAGACAGCACAUUUAAUUUUGAUUUUUCAAAGCACAUUUUUAAAAAACUUUAUUUGGGAUAGCUUGAAAUUGGUGAGUUCUUCCAUGUCCUAAAGAUGUCCCCAUCUAAUGUAAAAGCUGGUAUAUAUGUAACCCUUGAUGGUUAAGAGAUCAGGAACUGGAUGAGAAAUUGUGUUUAUCUCUCCUAAACAGCCUAUCUCUUUUUGUGCACAAUAUCUCAAUUUUCUUUCAACUUCUUUCAACCCUGGCUUAUGGUCUAUGCAGUCAUUGGCAUUGUUGCACUCAUAAUUUAGAAGUACUAAGCAACUUUAAACUCUGUCACAUUGAACACAGUUAUAAUGCCAAUUAAAGACCCACAUAGUCUUUUUUUAUGGGUUAAAAUUUAGUGUGGAAAUAAAAAGUAACUCUUGAACUUGCCUUGGAGGAUCUUGGCCAGUUGAAAGUGGUCAGUUUAGCUGGUGGCAUGCUGAGAACCGGUGUAUUGUAGUUAAGCAGGUCAGCAUUGGGAAUGUACGUCUUUAACCUCUCUCUGCAAUUCAGAGGUAAUAACGCUGAUCUGCACUGCUGUAAGGAUUCCUGAAAAAAUAAACAUGAAACAUUUAAUAUUUAUACAACAUGUUCCCUAAGUGUUAGUAGUACAUCUUGUUUGAUAAUACACUAGAAGCGAAGAGCAACAUUGUUGGUCCAGAUUGAUUGAUUUACUAAGAAUAUAUAUAAAUUCUCAAGAUGGCUGAAAACUCAAAAUAAAAUUUCUGUUUAAUGGUUAUGGCAGCAGUAUAUCAAAAACUGUUACUUGUUUCAGGAAUAUGAAGAUCUGACAAAGCGAUCUGGCUGCAACCCUGAUGUUUGGGUGAAUCUAGCAUGCACUUACUUCUUCUUGGGAAUGUAUACACAAGCUGAACAAGCAGCCUUGAAAGGUAAGACGGAUAGCUGAUGCUAUAAUAUUAUAUAUAUUUAUCUCGGAGUAAGUCCCACCAAGUAGAAAUGUAAAAUGUAAAAAUUUGUGUUGUUAAGGUGGUGCAUCUGAGCAAAUUCAUAGUGUUAGUCACGAGUAUUUACAAACCCUGAACUGCUCCAAGUGUUGGCAUUAAAUUUUGUUUUAAUGCUUUUUUUGGAUUUUCUUUCAGCUCCCAAAAGUAGACUUCAAAAUCGCCUAUUGUUCCAUCUAGCUCACAAGGUAUGUGGGAAACAAAACCAUGCAGAGGCAAGUAGUAUUUUGUACUUGGAAGUAUUCUGAAACUCAGACCCUACCUUCCCCCAUCUUCAAAUACUACUAGUUUGAAUGAGAAUCCUGCCCAACUUGUCUAGGUACAGAAAGGUAGGGCAGAGACAGAGGCUGGGUAGGCACAGAGGACGAAAGCCCAGAAGCGGAGUGGUAAGAUGACCCAAGAAGAAGGAGAGCUAAGGGAUAUGUUACCUAUUGGAAAGCUAUACUCAGUGGAAAGAGAAGUAGUAUCUAAGGGAAAUAUGGGGUGGAGAUGGUAGAGACCUGAUAAUAUGUAUAGAGAAGCCUUUUAUUUAAGCACUUGUCUGGUAGCCAUAGGCAACAAGGAAUUGUGUACAGGUGAGUGCAUGAAAUUCCAUGUAGGUGAGUGAGAGGGCUAGGAGAGAAGUGCGUCCUUAUUCUAUGGCAACCACGAAAAGCAAGUGGGCGACCAGAGGAGAGAAGCCCUGUCCUCUGCACCCAGCAUAGAGAUACAGCAAGCUACUGGAUGCACAAUAGAGAGUUCCAUCCCCCUUCUGCUAACUUCCAGCAGACUAGUUAAAAAAGGGCUAGUAACUUUUGAGAGCUGAUUUACUAGGAUAAAGAGUAGUUGCUUACUGUCAGCUGUAUUUAUUAGUGUGUAUGUAGUAUGUCCUGCAUCUGUGUAAUCCUAGUUCUUAUUUCUUGUAUAGUUUGGUGAUGAGAAGAAAUUAAUGAGCUUUCACCAGAAUCUGCAAGACAUAACAGAAGAUCAGCUAAGCCUAGCAUCUAUCCACUAUAUGCGGUCUCAUUACCAAGAGGCUAUUGAUAUAUACAAACGUAUACUUCUUGAUAACAGGUUGGAUAUAUUUUUCUUUCCCAAUCUGUCAUUCUCUCUACUCUUUGGACAUUUUAUUGAUGGAGAAGGGCUAAAGUUUCAGUGUAUCGCUUUCUAACAGUUGGAGUUAUACUCUGAGAUUCUUGCUUCUUACUAUAAAUUCACUGUAGUACAUCCCACAACAUUGGGCCAAUGGGAUCCAGUAAUAAGAUUUAAAUUUUCCUGUGACCUCCCAGAGUAAUUUGGAUGAAAUUACUUAGCACUAAGAUCAGAGAUCACAGAUUCCUUAUAUUAGCAAUUAGUUCUUAUAUAAAAGAUAACAGAGUUUGGAGAUUACAGAUCUCAGUGCCUGAUGUCAUACAAUGUCAGGUGACUGACAGGUGGGCAUGGUUGCAUUCCAGAGGUUCUCUACUGCUGUCCUUGUCCUUCUGCACUGCAGUUUUCGUCUUCUUUCUUGUGGAAUUCAGGUUUGCUGCAACACUUUCUGUCAUGGUUUCUUUCUUCUGAUUUCUAGCUGUGACCUUCUGAGCCUGCUGGCCAGCUUCAGUUAUAGACCAUAUUCCACCUUCCAACAUUUUAGGCAAACAGAAGAGCUGUUGAGUUUUCCUAAGUUUCUGAUUCCCACUGUAACUAGGUUUCUUCUCCACCACCUUUGGGUGUUAGUUUCCUGGGCUCACCUGUUGAAUUCCCUGACAAGCACAGCCUCUGAAUAACCCUGUAUUUAACAGAAAGCAACCAUCUUAUAAUUAAGCAUAAACAUAAAGUGACUCAACAGUUGCAUUUCUUCACAGAUGUUUUAAAAUAUUCUCAGUAUUCAAGGCAUAGGUCUUAGUGAUCCCAUUUGGGUUGUUGCUUGUAGUUUCAGGAAACUUUUCUAAUCCUUCCAUGCACACACUAUUGUUCAUAGCAAAAGGCAUUUGUAAAUGCAUUACAAAGCAUUCUGCCAAUGAUAGAACAUGUAUUGAGAGUACACAUGUGCAGUAUUAUUUGCACAUUUCCGUUUAGGAGCAUUCUGCUUUAGGUGAAUUUUCUGCCACUAAAUGUAGUUAAAUGAAGAAACUUCGAUGUCUUGCAGGGAAUACCUGGCUCUCAAUGUAUAUGUUGCCUUGUGCUACUACAAACUGGAUUAUUAUGAUGUUUCACAAGAGGUGCUAGCUGUUUACCUUCAGCAAGUUCCUGAUAGCACCAUUGCUCUUAACUUAAAGGCUUGUAAUCAUUUCCGACUCUACAAUGGGAAGGCUGCUGAGGUACUUUGUUAAAAUGUUUUUCUCACUAAAGUCAUUAUCUCCUUCAUGCAAGUUUCAGUUUUGAAGUAAUAUUUCAGUUUCUGUAGAGAAGCUUUAACUUUAUGCUUUGUACCUCAGUAUGUGGUCUGUCUGACUAUAUGUAUGUGUUUCUAGUUAUGCUGGUGUCACUUCAAAUGAAUUAGUCACGUGCCAGUUCAGGUCCACAAUAUAAGAUGCAGGACCACUUUCAGAGGGUUGGCAUCAUUUGGCACCUGUUGAGGCACACCGCCCAAAAGAGGCACUACCUGGCUAACUCCUGGAACCUCAUGGCUCUGCUUGUCCUAGAACCAUAGAAUUGUAGAGUUGGAAGGGAUCCCGAGGGUCAUGUUGUCCAAUCCCCUGCAAGGUGGGAAUCUCAAGGCAAGUGAGCAGUGACGGGGGCAAGGAGAAGGAGCAGCAAUUUCUGCUAGCUUUGUUCUCCCUCUGGGCAGUGGUGCAGAUUAGGUUCAACAGGAGAGGGCAAGUGAAUGGGCAGCAGUAAAGAAGAGGUGGGACAACUCGGGGAGGGGAUGUUGAGAGCAUUUUUGUGCAAGCCCUUCCCCCCCCAAAAAAAAUUCUCAAACUGGCUCUGAUAAUAUUUUUUUGAGUAGUGUCAAUGGCUACUUCUGUUGAUUGUGUGUUCUGUUCUUCCACUCACUGUUUUGCAAUUUCUGAAAAAAAUUAAGGCGGAGCUUAAGAGCUUGAUGGACAGUGCUUCAACAUCGUUUGAGUUUGCUAAGGAACUCAUUAAACACAAUUUGGUGAGUAGCUAGCUUGCAUAAUUUUUAUGAAGUUCCGAAUAACAUAGGCUACAUUCAAAAGAAUGUCUUGUUGGUUGGCCCAAGAAAGUAUUGUGUGAGGUGCAAGUAGUCUGUAAACCUAGUCUUCCAGUUGUUUCCCCAUGUUCAAAUGUGCAUACCUAACCACAGCUGUGAAAAGGUGGUUUUGUUAUCUAUAAAGACUCUCCUUAGACAAGUUUCUAAGUAUGCACAACUAACUGCUUUUGCCCAUAUUCAAUCUUUAUUUUCGUCAUCUUUCCCUCUGUUUCUCUCCCCAUCCCCUAGGUCAACCCAAAUAACUUAUUUUGGAAUAUUUGCUUAUGAAACUAAGAUGUCAUAUACAAAAAUAAAGAUAAUCGUUUUGAGCUGUGCAGGAAUUGGUAUUUUCAUGAUGUACAAAUUGUUGAAAUUUAGUGGUGGAGUAAAUAUUUAACUUGUAAAAUUCAAAAGCAGAAUAUAUGACACAUUCAUAAUUCACCGGAGGCUUGUUGCCUCUUAGUUUAACAAACAUUUCAAAAUGCAUGUAUAGUGGAACCUCGGUUUACGAACUUUAUCCAUUCCGGAAGUCCGUUCUUAAACCGAAACCAUUCUUAAACCGAGGAGCGCUUUCCCUAAUGAGGCCUCCCACCGCCAGUGCUCUUCCACCAUACGGAUUCCAUUCUUAGACCGAGGUAAAGUUCUCAAAUUGGGUCACUCCUUCCAGUUUUGCGCAGUUCUUAAACCGAAUAGUUUGUAAACAGGGCUGUUCUUAAACCAAGGUACCACUGUAAGAUGGUUCGCUGCAGGUUGUUUGCUGCUGUACUAAUGCAGUGAGGACUUUCUUCUGCAGGUUGUAUUCCGAGGAGGGGAGGGGUCUCUCCAAGUACUGCCUCCCCUGGUUGAUGUCAUACCUGAAGCCAGAUUGAAUUUAGUAAUCUACUACCUUCGGCAAGGUAUGCACAUCUUCUGGAUUUUGACUUCUUUUGUCCCUUAAAAUGAUUCUUUUCCUCCACAUAGGGUACAAGGGGGUCUUUGUUUUGAGGACUGGCAUAUAGGUUGGUAACUUUUUACAAUUAAAUAAAUUGCUUAGAUUCCUAGCUUGUGAAAAAAGACAGCUGUAAAUGACUGAAAAAAUAGAUCAGCCCAAGAAGAUACAGUGGUACCUCGGGUUACAUACACUUCAGGUUACAGACUCCGCUAACCCAGAAAUAGUGCUUCAGGUUAAGAACUUUGCUUCAGGAUGAGAACAGAAAUCGUGCUCCGGCAGCGUGGCAACAGCGGGAGGCCCCAUUAGCUAAAGUGGUGCUUCAGGUUAAGAAUAGUUUCAGGUUAAGAACGGACCUCCGGAACGAAUUAAGUACUUAAUCCGAGGUACCACUGUAUUCUUUUGCUAGUGGAACAUUUCAUUUUCCUGAAGUUGCUAUGAAAUAAGAUCUGUGUGCUUGGUCGCAGUUAGAGGCAGCUGAGCCAUCAGAAGAUGGCUUUGCAACUGUACUUCCAUACAGAGGUUUUAUAAGGACUUAAAUAAGCACACCUGAGACAAGGAAGCUACAUGGCAUCUCUGCUCCUCACUCCUCUAUGCAAAACGCCAUACAAUGUGAGAUCUAUUUUUGCCACAUUGUUUCCCAUAAACUGCAACCUAGGCAUAUUAAUUGGGAGAAUCUGUAACAUCUUCUUUGUUGUGGUGCUGAAUGUUUGUAAUGAAAAAAACAUUUUUAGUAAAAAAAAAAGUCUGCCUAAAUUAAGUGUAAUUCCAGUUCUUGAUUUGUGUGAGUUAUACAUCUGAAUAAAUUUUUAGUUAAUUACCUUUUAUCUUUUGGUUGUAACAAUGAUGGGAAUUAGCAGAAAAAGCCCAAUUUCUAACAUCUUGAGUCAAAAUACAGUUCUUCAAAAUCUUACCAUGCAAUUCUGAGCAUAUGUAUUCAGAAGUAAGUAGGGCUUACUCCCAGGUAAGUGGAUUUAGGAUUGCAGCAUUAGUCUAUUUUCCCAAAAGGUUGCAUUAUUUAGUGUCAACAUUUUUGAAUCAAAAAUUCUUCUUAGGUGAAGCUCAAUCACAGGCGGUUAGCCCUCUUCCUGUCCCAUCCUCACAGGAUGAAUAAAUGUAUGAGAGAAAAGAAUGUGAUUUUUUUUUAUCUUGCCCCUGUUCUGUUCAGAAGGCAUCUGCUAAUCCAUUUUAUUAAAAAAAGACCUUUGCUCUGAAAAAAUAGCAGAAAAUAAAAAAUGACGUAACCCAUAUUUGUUAUAAAGACUAAAGAAAUGUAUAAUCAGCAAGUACACAUUUGUUGCAGUUUAUGGUUCCUUUUCAUCCUUUGUUUUUGAAUGCCUUUAUGAAAAGAUGAAUUAUGAUGUGGGAAGGUGACAUGGGAAAUACAAUAUGCACUGUAAUGUGUUCUUUCAGAUGAUGUGCAGGAAGCCUACAAUCUGAUUAAAGACCUGGAACCUACAACCCCACAGGUAAAAAGAAAUAUUUGGAUAUGAUUAUACAUAUAAUGGAAGACAUGGUCAUCUGGGAUAGGUUCUGUCAGAGAGUGGAACACUUUCCUAAAAGAAGAUAUUUGAAUCUGUUUACUUUAUUUGGACAUAAAGUAUAUCAUUCUUGGAUCAAAACGAAACAGGCAUGCAGAUCUUCAUCCAUUUUUAAAACUAUGGUUGAGUCCAGACUAAAGUUGCAAUCCUAACCUCACUUAGUUGGAUUUAGUCCCAUUGAAUUCAAUAGGUCUUACUUCUGAGUAGACAUGCUUAGGAUUGUGCAGUACAUUAGUUGCCCUGUUUCCACAGAAAUCAUUGUGAAAAGGUAGUCCUGUCUUGCCUUAGAUUACACUGAAAUCAAUAGAAACCAAAUGUUAAUAGCUUACUCUGGAUCUAACUCUGUAUCUUUUAAUUGUUUGCACCUUGUUUGAUAGAGACAAAAGGAUGAGUCACACAACACAUUUGGUCAAAACCUUAAGACAUUGUCAAAAUAUUUAAGGAGCACAAGAAUAGCACAAAUAACAUAUUGCGGUGUCUUUUUUUUUUUUUUACAGUUUAGAGAUUUAUUCCAUAUUCAUACGAAACUUUAAAACUGUUUCAAUAUGCACUAUCUUAAUGCAUUUAAACAUGUGUUCUCAUAUAAUAUAUUGGCUUAAAACUUCAGGGGAAAAUGCAUAGAUCUUAAAACCUAUGCUGGUUCUGUACUAAAAGACAGUGAAUGGAAACAGUAUUUUAUAGGAAGAGAAGCAUUUAUUUGACAGACUUUUCAAAUUAGGUUCAGAGCUAGUGAAUGCCAGAAGAAGAACUGGAAAACUGAGCAGAAGAUCCCCCCCCCCAUUUAUAAUUUCCCUCCUUUUUAUAAUGUGUUCUCUGAACUACAGCCUCUGAUUAUUUCAUGCAAGUUACUAACUGCGCGUGUCAAGAUUGAUUUUGGUUUAUAUAUUUAAUACAGUUACUUAGAAACCAUGGAAACAGGCUAUUCAGAAAUCUAUGUAUUUGUAAAGCAAUUUGAACAGAAUACUUCACAAGUUGCUUUAAAGCUUCAUUAAAUGGUUGUCUCAUUUUAUAUAAUCUUUCUCUAGGAGUAUAUCCUAAAGGGAGUGGUGAAUGCAGUCCUAGGCCAGGAAAUGGGCUCAGUGAGUACAAUACCUUUUUUACAUCAGUAAUUCAUAUGGAGUACACGAGAACACAUUGCAAUUCAGCUAACAGGUUGAUUUUGAUACUAACUUGCCUCUUGCUCUUUUGUAUUUCCUACAUAUUUGCCAGUGAAAAAAUGGAAUUGUGAAUCAUCAUAUACACUAAUGAUGAUGCUAUAGGGUGAUAUCAGCAUGUUUAGAGGAACCUCAAAAUUUCUAGAAAUAGAAAAAAUAUUGGGAGUGGGAUUUAAGAAGGCAAAGCCCAAGACACUCCCAUGGGGACUGAGUGUGCUCUGUGGCCUCAGAAUGCAGAGUAUUGGUGGAGAGGGAGGGGGAAAUGAAAGACUUGAUGGUGGAGGAAUGAACUAUGCUGCACAAAGGCAAGGUUGCACUGAACAGGAAUCCUGCAUAUAGUAACAUUUUUGUGACAGGUUGAAUAUUUCUGAAAGUCAAUAAACUUAGGCUCUCCAGUCUACGGACAACCAGAGAGACUAGGUUCAUUGCCCCCACACGUACUGCCUGAAUUCCUUCGGCAUCUGCAGGUGGAUGAGGAGAUAACCAAGAUACUAAAACCCUUUUAUUCUCUAUUGUUAGCUGAAGUCUGUUAUCUGGACAAUGACUUUUUGUUUUCUUGUUGUGAAUUUUAAAAGAGUUCUAUUAUUUUACACUUAUAUUAUUAUUUUAAAAGCCAAAUCAAAAUAAUAAACUUUGUUUCUCUAUCUGUUUUUACAUAACAUCUGCAUGUAAUAUUUAGUUUGGUCUCCAUAUUCCAAAGAUUUGUCUAUGCUCUGCCCCAUUGCUCAGCGCUUUCAUGGAUUUAAUGUUUCUUUGUUUCUUUUCCAGAGAGACCACUUGAAAAUUGCUCAGCAGUUCUUUCAGCUGGUAGGAGGAUCUGCCAGUGAAUGUGGUAUGUUUUAACUUUUCUUUUUUCUCAUUCCUUCAGAUGUCAAUAUUGCCAGUGAAUGCAACCAUUUUGUUACCUGGGUCAAGUAAAAAACAUGGUUAAUAUCUUUCUCUGUCUUAGUGACCCGAACCAUAUAUAUACACUGUACUUACAUCUGCCACCAAAAACAGAGGCCUCAUGUCUAGUUCGCAGUAAUGUCUAAUUUGCCUUACUUGGAUCAUGGCUUAACAAUAUUGCUCACUUUCCUGACUUUUCUAUACAUUCCUGUACAUUUGCUUAUCCCCUGCUAGCAGAAAAUUCCUAACAUAAUUAGGAAAAGUUGUAGAAGACAUAACAGGAGAAUUGAGGAACUUGACACGCAGGUUGCAUUUUCACAGAUCAUAAUAUGUACAUUGUUUAGGUUGAUCUUAAAUUUGUACACCUAAUCUGCAUAGGUUAUGAAAGUUCAUAUCACACUAAGCUCUUUAAGGUACUGCAGUGGACUAAUAUGGCUACAUCUCUAAAAUAUUUUCAAUAUAAUACAUAAGGAGAGCCUGCUCUUUCCCCCCUUUAUAGGAAUCCUGUGUUCAACCAUGCAUAAGACUAUUUUUACACUGGGAUGUUUUCUUGUGUCGUGGAAGUAUUGCUUAUGUUUUAUGCAAACGGGAAUGUUUAAGCAAGUUCCACUAUCCCAAAACAAGAGGACGCCUCUUGCUGGUCAGCUAAGAAACAGAGGAAAAUAGUGAAAGAACACCUGACUGAUAGUUCAGUUGGAAACCAAUAUGUGUAAUAUGCUAUAUCAAAAACACUUAGGGCUAUUUUUCUCAACUUGUCAAACUUAUUCUGAGUGCAGACUUGUUUGCCACAAAGUAUAAACUGACCUGGUAGCCAGAUUGUGGUUCUGGGCUAUUAUAUAUAGAGAUGCUAGACUAUGUUAUCUCAGAAAUAAACUAAUCAGACUCAAAAAUUGUGCAUAUAACUUCUGUUCUUCAGAUACAAUCCCCGGGAGACAGUGCAUGGCAUCUUGCUUCUUUCUGCUCAGGCAGUUUGAUGAUGUCCUUAUUUACCUUAACUCAGUGAAGGUUAGUACGUUUUAUAUCAGCUGGUAGUCUCCUACAAAUCUUUACAUGUAUUACUUUGUGUGUGAUGCAUAAACUUGCCACACAAAAAAUGGAGGUGAAAAGAAGGGAUGGUUAUCUCAAUCACAUUUCUGAGAGAGUUUUAUUUUAAAAUAUAAAUAUAUAUUCAGCCCUUUGGGGCAAGUGCCCUCAUAAGGCAGCAUAGAAAAACAGUUGUAUAAAACAUAUAAAAGGAGCAUCUUAAAAUAUACAUUACAUCCCUUUGAAAAAUUAUCAGUGAACCAUCAUCAAUUGAAUAAAGGCAGAUCAAAACAAAAAUGCCUUAAGAAUUCUUUUUAAAACCACCAGUGAAAGGGCAAUAUACACUUUAUGAAUGACUGCGUUUCAUAAGUAUAGGUCAAGCCCUGAAUAUCCGGUACCCAUCAGCUUAAGCUUUCUUCUUGACAGAACAGAGAGAACGACAUGUGAUGCUGACUUUUGAGCUUGGACAGGGUCAUAGACACCUCUUAGAAACUUUGGUGAUUAUUUCAGCUUUUUUAUACGCUUAAGUAAAUGUAGGUGCAGGCCGUACUUUAGAUAACCUGAUCCCAAAUCAUUUAACAUUGUAAAAGUUCACAAGUGCUUGUGCCUUAUUUUUCUGGCAUUUUCAGUGAGCAUUCGAUCGUCGGCCCUCUUUUUCUAAGUUCCAGUUUAAACUCCACUAUGUAUGUAAUUAGGAUUUUGUGCUUCUGUUGAAUGUCAUCUGCCAUUCUGUGGACAUUCUAAUUUGUAGAGUAGAGUAGGAGGAGACAUGAUAGAGACAGGAUAGACAUGUUGGGGGAAAGGUGAAUAGGGAUCAUGGUUUGCUGCUCCCACUAGCACUAGGGGGGAGGAAUGAAACAGGAGCGAUUUCUGUGUUCAGAAUAAACCAUUAUCUAUAGUUUUGUGACAUGAGAACUGAGCUGUUGUAGAAAGGAAUGAAAGAGAUGAAAACAGAAGCAAAUUAAAAAUUAAAGGCCCACAAAGAGAGUCUAAAAACUGAGUACAAUAUAGAACUGAUUAAAUAAAAGUGCUUGAGUAAGCAGCUGGUGAGACAUACCUGAAGACUGGUAGCACUGAACAAAGCCUGAUUCAUAAUCUGAUCAUACAGUUAAUUUGGUGCUUACACAUUCCAUUCUGACUGAGGCUUGGUGUCUGUUGGCAUUCUGCCACUUUCUGUUCCCAACCAGUGUGUCUGGGAAGUGCUUUGUACCUCCCACACAGCCAAAGAUAUCAGCACAAAUGACUUUCCCACAACUGAAGGUGAACAGUGCUUUUUCUUGGGCAAGUACUUGGCAUGGAUGUGGGCAAAAAAGUGCUUUGAUCAAGUUCCACUUCUACAUGGUUGUUAUUUUGCUACCAUUCUGAAAUUCUUAGUCACUUAGGUGUGGUCACCUGGGCCAUGCUUAUGUAAGGGCAGAACCAAAUAGGAAAGCUUAUCUGUGAAAGAUCUAAGGAAUUAUUGGCUGAUUAGAGCGUCUUGGCUGAUUAGAGCGUGUCCAGACGAGGUGCGGGCCCUCCUGGGGGAUAUCAUCAAUUUGUCCCUUGGCACGGGGACAUUCCCAGGGGAACUGAAGGAGGCAGUGGUGCGCCCGCUCUUAAAGAAAACAUCAUUAGAUCCUUUAGAUCUAUCCAAUUACCGCCCGGUUUCGAAUCUUCCGUUCCUGGGUAAGGUGAUUGAGAGAGCGGUUGCUGAACAGCUUGGUGGCUUUCUAGAUGAAACAUCGGCUCUGGAUCCAUUCCAGUCCGGCUUCCGCGCUGGUCAUCGGACCGAGACGGCUCUGGUUGCCCUAACAGAUGAUCUUCGUAGACAGCUGGAUCGAGGCGGGUCAGGGCUGCUGAUUCUUCUAGACCUGUCAGCAGCUUUCGACAUGGUUGAUCACGAACUUCUGGACCACCGCCUUGCCGACAUGGGGAUCCAGGGCACAGUCCUUCAAUGGCUGCGCUUGUUUCUCUCUGGUCGGGGACAGAGGGUGGCGCUUGGGGGGGAAUUGUCAUCGCGCCACUCCUUGGUGUGUGGAGUACCUCAGGGUGCGAUACUCUCCCCGAUGCUUUUCAACAUCUUUAUGCGCCCCCUCGCUCAGCUUGUUCGGAGUUUUGGGCUGGGUUGCCAUAAGUAUGCCGAUGACACCCAACUCUAUCUGUUGAUGGAUGGCCAUCCUGACUCGGCCCCAGACAUACUGACCAGAUGUUUGGAAGCUGUGGCUGGAUGGUUACGUGGGAGCCGGUUGAAGCUAAAUCCUUCGAAGACAGAGGUCCUGUGGCUGGGACGGGGCGAUAUGGGAUUGGGGGGGGCAACUCCCAUCUCUUGUGGGGGGCGCAAUUAGUGCCAGCACCGUCUGUUAAGAGUUUGGGUGUAAUCUUCGACACCUCCCUUUCCAUGGAGGCGCAGAUUGCAGCUAUAACAAAGACGGCAUUUUUCCAUCUCCGCCAAGCUAAGCAGUUGGCUCCUUACCUCUCUCGCCCUGACCUAGCCACUGUGAUCCACGCGACGGUCACCGCCAGACUGGAUUAUUGUAACUCGCUCUACGUGGGGCUGCCCUUGAGACUGACCCAGAAACUCCAGCGGGUGCAGAAUGCUGCAGCGAGACUCCUUACGAGGUCUUCGCUGCGAGAUCACAUUCACCCGGUGCUAUACCAGCUGCACUGGCUCCCGGUGGAGUACAGGAUCAGGUUUAAGGUGCUGGUUUUAACCUUUAAAGCCCUAUACGGCCUAGGACCCUCGUACCUACGGGACCGCCUCUCCUGGUAUGCCCCACAGAGAAACUUACGGUCUUCAAAUAAAAACAUCUUGAAGGUCCCAGGCCACAGAGAAGUUAGGCUGGCCUCAACCAGAGCCAGGGCUUUUUCGGCUGUGGCUCCGAUCUGGUGGAACACUCUGUCACAAGAGACCAGGGCCCUGCGGGACUUGACAUCUUUCCACAGGGCCUGCAAGACAGAGCUGUUCCACCAGGCCUUUGGCCAGGGCACAGCCUGACUCCCUCCUCGGCAAUCUUCGCGGAGCUCUGGCCCAAUGGUUGCCAGUGGCUUGAAUUAAUUAAUUUUAUAAUGAAUGAUUUCAGAGUGUUGUUUAUGCUGUACUUUUGUACUGUUUUAUUGUUGUUAGCCGCCCUGAGCCCGGCUUCGGCUGGGGAGGGCGGGAUAUAAAUAAAAUUUAUUAUUAUUAUUAUUAUCCCAAAGCGCAUAUGACAGGGAUUUAAUAAGGAUGUCUUCUAUUAUUCAGUGAUCACACAGUAACAGCACAAAAUCAGUAUCUCCACAGAACUUUAGCAUCCCAAGAAUCUCCACUUUAAUUUUAAAGAGCAAGUGUCUCGCUUUCUGUUUGUGAAAAUAUUUCUAAGUGUGGGAAACCCUAGAUAAAAUCUCAUAACUGAGCAUUGAUGCUGAAUGGGGCCGAGUUUCAAUGUACUGACUAAUGCCUUGUCCUUCUGCAGUUAUACAAAUGAGCAGAAAUAGCAUUUAGGACAAUAUGCUCUGGGCUGUCCUUUGUAUCAAGAGUAUGUGGCAGGGGGUGUAUCUUACCAUACAGUACACAGUGGAUGCAUUCUGACCUCACAUUUCCUGAAAUUCCAGAUCAUGGAUCAUACCUGCUGUCUCAUUCUUUCGUGCAUCUGGCUUAAUAAAAUAUUUCUGUAAAACAGUUUGACAUGUUACCUGAACUGGCAAUCUGGCUUAAACAAUCCAGCCAAAUCAGAAUCAAUCUGUAGUUUGCAAUCCUAGUUUGCAGGGAUUGCUCACAUCACAGUUUGCCAGUUUGAAUGUCACAGAAAACUCUGUUUUGGCAAACCAGGGAAUGCUAUAUUAAGUUGAAUGCACAAGGGGAGGAGGGUGCAUGUGUACAUUCGGUUAAUUCAUGAUUAGUGAAUGUGACAUCUAGCUGCAGCAAAUGUAAUUAGGGUGGCCAGGCAAAAAAAAUAGACAGGCUGCUGCACCUUUAAUAGUUGUUGGAAGAAGAGAGAAAUUCAUCAAGUGUAGUUGGACUGGUGAAAUUCUGUCUUCUACAUACAACUUUUAAAGGUUGCUUGUCCUAUUUUUCAUCUUGUCACACUAAAAGUAACCUAUUCAUAAAAAUGGGUGAAAGAAAUCUAGAAUCCUAUACAUAUUCUACAUCUCCUAUUAUGCAUAUUUGUUGUUGUUUAGUCGUUUAGUCGUGUCCGACUCUUCGUGACCCCAUGGACCAGAGCACGCCAGGCACUCCUGUCUUCCACUGCCUCCCGCAGUUUGGUCAAACUCAUGUUAGUAGCUUCAAGAACACUGUCCAACAUAUCAUCCCCUGUCAUCCCCUUCUCCUUGUGCCCUCAAUCUUUCCCAACAUCAGGGUCUUUUCCAGGGAGUCUUCUCUUCUCAUGAGGUAGCCAAAGUAUUGGAGCCUCAGCUUCAGGAUCUGUCCUUCCAGUGAGCACUCAGGGCUGAUUUCCUUCAGAAUGGAUAGGUUUGUUCUUCUUGCAGUCCAUGGGACUCUCAAGAGUCUCCUCCAGCACCAUAAUUCAAAAGCAUCAAUUCUUCAGUGAUCGGCCUUCUUUAUGGUCCAGCUCUCACUUCCAUACAUCACUACAGGGAAAACCAUAGUACAUCAUAUAUCUCUCCUGCUUUUGAGUCCAGUGGCCAUUUCUUAUGCAAUUCUCUUUGGAUGUGGGUACACAUUAAGUACAGAAUACUCAUGGAUUGCAGCAAAUAGGAAUACUGCAUGCAUGAAUUACCGGUACUCACUGUUUUAUCAAUUUAGUUCUGAAAUGGUUUUAUCACUUUCCAGGACUGCUGCACUAAGGAACCCAAACUAUUUGAACAUACAGUACAGUACAGUGGUACCUCGGGUUACAUACGCUUCAGGUUACAGACUCCACUAACCCAGAAAUAGUGCUUCAGGUUGAGAACUUUGCUUCAGGGUGAGAACAGAAAUUGUUCUCCGGCGGCAUGGCAGCAGCAGGAGGCCCCAUUAGCUAAAGUGGUGCUUCAGGUUAAGAACAGUUUCAGGUUAAGUACGGACCUCCGGAACGAAUUAAGUACUUAACCCGAGGUACCACUGUAGUAUAGUUCUAAGGAGAUCUUCAGCACUCACAGAACUAAAUUAUGGAAUUAGACAUGAAUGUUUUGAAGAGUUGGGUAGAGAUUUAGAGAAAGAGGCAGUUUUUUCACAGCAGGAUUUAACAUGCCCAGAAAGAAAGGCAUACGAAAGAAAGCUGCCACCCUGCAAAUCCAUUGUGACCAGUUCUGUGGAAUGUUUCAGCUAUGUACUGAGUCACAAAGCCAUUUGAGCUACUAUUUGUAAAGGUGUUUUUUUUUACUCUAUUAUCUGGUACAUCUUCAAGUUUUAAAGUAUGUUUUUUAUUUAUUGUGCACAACUUAUUUUCCAGAGUUACUUCUACAAUGAUGACACUUUUAACUUUAACUAUGCCCAAGCCAAAGCUGCUACUGGCAAUACUAGUGAGGCUGAGGAGGUAUGUAGCUUCUUCUUUAAAAACACCACAUGCAAGGAACACACUUCCUGAUUACCUUCUGGGUCAUCUUGGAUAUGCUCUGAGGAUAGCCUUUUUUGCUUUACUUCUAAAAAUAUAUAAUGCCUAGAUGACUGCUAUUAAUUAUCCUUCUGCUUAGACUGACUUUCCCUACUUGUGGCCUUUUUAGGUCUUGAAACUUUCUUAUAUAAUGAUUCUGUUGAAUGUUUUGUUAUUUGAAAUUCAUCUGUAUUUUUAAGUAGACACAUACUUAUGGUAUAUAUCAUGCAGCAGAUAUUUAAUGCAAACAGACAUUUGUUUUUUCUAUCUGUUUCCCCCUCAGGUGUUCCUCUUGAUUCAAAAUGAGAAGAUAAAAAAUGAUUUUGUUUAUCUCAGCUGGCUAGCUCGCUGCUGUGAGUCACUUUGCCCUGUUAUAGAAUGUAGAUUUUUUUGUUGCAUUAGCCCUGUUGCUAUUUCUCCUUAAACUUGUUUUAACCUUGUGGGUGGAUUUAAUUAAUUUUUUAGAUAUAAUUGGAUACCUUUAUAAGAGGCAAGUGCCCUACAAAAAGUAAAUCUUGCCAUAGCCUGUGAGUAAGCAAGAGUGGUUGGGAGUCUACUCAAGGAAAAGGUGGUGUCUUGGUAUCACUUGCAAAAUAUUUCAACAGAACAAGUACUGGUAAAAAUUCUUGUUUGUUCUUGUUCUUUGGGACAAGUACAGCUGAGACAACUGCAAUUAAAUUUCCAAACAUUUAAUUGUUUGGUCCCUGCAGCACUCUACCUUAAUUACAUUUGUGAGAGAGCAAUCUGAAGUUCUCAUUAGCUAUUGAUAGCAAAUAUGCUCACAUAUUACGGGUUUUAAAAGGCAGCCAUCUUGACAGAAGAUCUGGCAUGAAAUUCAGCCCACAUGGCUCUUGCUAACCAUAGAGAGUUUGUGAUAAUUUUAUGAAACAGGAUAUUUUGGCUCAGAGUUUGGGUUCAAAGUGAUACAUACAGGUGGUACAAUACAGUAGAGAACCCUUAGAUGGUUUGUCUCUUAAACAUCACCUUUCUUGGUUUCUAAAAUAGGAUGGGCUGUUACUUUCUGCCCUGUAACUUUCCAGUUACCCACACAAACAUAGGAAGGGGUGAACUUUGACCUCCCAACACACAGUAAGAAGUAGACUAUGCUAUCUGGUUCCUUAGUAAGGAAGUCAGUCAGGUUCAGACAGGCAGAUCUCUAUAAAAGCUUCAUACAUAAUCUAGAUGAACUUAGACAUGUUACAUUGCUGGGGUGGGGGGAAGCUGGCAAGAAUUGCACAAAACUAGGAAAUUUUAUUUUAUGGAUUUGGAUUCUGGAUCACCUUCAAAGGUAGCCCCACGUAGAGCACAUUGCAGGAGUCCAAGCUGGAGAUAACUAGAGCAUGCACCACUGUGGCAAGACAGUCCGCGGGCAAGAGCACUGGGGUUACGGAAAUUGCAGUGGCAGCUUCUGCCAGCAGGAAGUUAUACAAUUGAGGUUUUCCAGUGUGACAGUGUGCAUGUUUAUGUGUGCAGCAAUAUUGUGCAAAGUGACUGAUGUAAUAAUGUAUGCAGAGCUCUGAAUUUCUCUCAAAAAUGGAAUCAGUUGCCUCUUUAGAAUCCUGGUUCCUUUACUGAGCUCUGUGAAGAAUUGUCAGACAAUUAAAUGCUAUUAGAGAAUAUUGUAGCAAAAUAAAUGCUGAAUUGGUAUCAUCCUCUGCCAUUGGUAAAAGUGCAGUGGUGUUAGCUGUCAUAGCUUGUAAGUGUUAAUUGGUUUUAGAGUCAACUGUUUCUACUGUGUUUGGUGUCGAGUAACUCUAGGUAAGGGCACUAUAUUUUUAAAUAGCUGUUGUUGUUUAGUCGUUUCCGACUCUUUGUGACCCCAUGGACCAGAGCACACCAGGCAUAAAUAGCUAUACCAAUGUAAAUAUAUAAUUAUCAUUAUAUGGACAAUUAUCUAUAAGUUUUAUUCUUAAAGUGCAGUAAUAAUAAGCCUCCUUUCAAAGAAUAGUAUAACACCAAUAUUUCUGGGAACCUUAUAAGCAUUGCUAUUAAAUGGACCUUAAAAUUACAGACAUGAUAUGAAAUAGAUACUUAUGCUAAACUGGGUAUAUACAACUAAAUGCUUUUAUAAUUGAAUACCAUUCAUCUGUUUGACCAGUGUUUUUACAUGACCACAGAAGAGCAAUAUAAGGCUAAGGAAAUUAAUGCUACUGGUGUAUACUUGUUUGGAAUAAGUGUAGAAAUACAAGGAGUGUUAACUUCUGUGUACAUAUUAUAUAGAGAAGAGCAGAAAAGAGCAACUGGGGUUGAAAACAGGAGGACUACUAACUGAAUUUUCUAAUAGACCUUUUUUGUCUAUUCAAAUGUUCAGCCUGUCACUAGGAGAUGCCUGCCAUGUGCUCAAAUUCCAAGGCAGGCAUGAUACGUCUAUAGUUUAUGAGCAUUGUCCCACAGAAUCUGAAUCUCCUAAUUGCAGAAUUGUAGAAGCACUGGCCUUUUAUAUAAAUUAAGAUAACAGUUCAUUGCCAAAAAUUAAAAUGCUUAAAAGUUAAAGCCUUUAUAAAAUGUUGCCUUUUCAUCCUUUAAAUAAACAUUUGAGCAAUGUGCGAUUUCUAAGCAGAACAAACAGAUCAGUGGAAUGAAUGGCAUGUGUUUCCAAAUGGAAACUUAAUGUUAUGCAGAUUACCUCUGUGCUAAUUAGACAUGGGAUGGAUUUCCUGACACUUUUUUGUAUCUCCUGAUUAUUAGAAUGUGGCUUUUUGUACUGCAGGUAGCAAUGGGUGUGUUACAUUGCUUUUUACCUUAUCUGAAUGAUAGAAAUAAAGACGUGUACUGCUGAUUAGAAUGCUUAUCCACUUUUGCAAACACUAUGUGAUGACAUGUCUCCACUAGCUCUAGCUUUUUGUUAAUUGCAGACAUUAUGAAUAAGAAGCCACGACUAGCCUGGGAGCUGUACCUGAAGAUGGAAACCUCAGGAGAGUCUUUCAGCCUUUUGCAACUAAUUGCAAAUGACUGCUACAAAGUGAGCCUCCCUCUCUUCCCCUCCCAUCAUUAGUUAUUAGUAUCAGUUAUUACCCCCUAAGAGACUACUGAAUUUUUUUAAUGAACUGAAUAUUUUCUAGCCCUUGGAAAGUUGGAACAUUUUGCCUGCAAAAGCAUAUACUUUACCUCUGAGCAAAAUUCAUUCCCUAUAUUAGUAGUGAAUAUAAAAUUUUAAUUCUAAGAUUUAAGAAACAAGCAUAAAAGUGUUAAUUGGGAAGCAAACUUCUUUCACUAGCAUGCUUCACUAGGUAUCUAAAGUAUUUCAAGCUAAGCCAAUAAAAGUUUCUUAACUUAGGCUUGUUCUUUUACUGCUGUUUUCAAGUCAACUAGCAUUAUGAUGAAUACAUUAGUGCGGCUAGAUCUAGAGGAGUGUUUAGAACUGUUUGUGCAAUUGGCAAAUUAUUUAGUUGGAGGCAUUGUGCUCCUUUCUGUGUAUGAUUUAAGUGUUUCUUUACAGUAGUGUUUUAACACAAGAUGAUUUUCAUAACUUGCCUGUUUAUAAAAUUGGAGUGUGCCUGAUCCCCUGAUUGGGAUCAGAAAAUUUCCACUGGCUUCUGUUAUUUGUUCUUAUGAAUGGCUGUAUUAUUUUAUAUUUCUGAUGUAAGAUUGGUGCCUUGAGCAUGUAACUUUCUUUCCUGUACAGAUGGGCCAGUUUUACUAUUCUGCAAAAGCCUUUGAUGUUCUGGAAAGACUGGAUCCUAACCCUGAAUACUGGGAAGGCAAAAGGGGUGCUUGUGUGGGCAUCUUCCAGAUGAUCAUAGCUGGCAGAGAACCCAAGUACGUACACUGAUUUUCUUUGUACUACCUUGGGGUCAGUGUCCUGGAUUCUUACACUCUUCUAGCUCACUGUUAAAUGUGUAUGGCAGGGGCAGGGAACCUUUCUCACCUUGAGGGCCACAUUCCUUCUGGGCAACCUUUUUGGGGGCUACGUGCUAGUGGUGGGUGGGGUCCAGGGCAAAAGUGGGCAGAACAAAUGUAAAACUUACCUUUGUACAGUAUGAUAGUUUCUAUACGCACUUGCACGCCCCUUUCCAUCCUUCAUUCAGACAAGCAAAAUGUAUUGAGGGAGCUCAAGGGCACAUCCCAGUCAGGCAAAAACACUUGGGGUGUGAAGCUGGGCCAGUUAGGGUUGUGACCUGCGUAGGGUUAUGAGGGCCAGAUAGGGAGGCCUAUAUGGCCUUAUUUCACCCCUGGGUUCCCUACCCUGGUUUAUAGGAACAGAAGGAUGAAGGCCCAGCCCUUUUCAGUUAAAAAGUCCUAAUAACUGAUAAACAUUUUUAAGAAGGCUUAAACAUUACACGUUCACCUCAAUAAGGCCAAUACAGUGGUGCCUCGCAAGACGAAAAGAAUCCGUUCCGCGAGUCUCUUCGUCUUGCGGGUUUUUUCGUCUUGCGAAGCAAGCCCAUUAGAGGUUUAGCGGCUUAGCGCUACAGUAUUAGCGGCUUAGCCGGCUUAAAGAUCAGCUGAUAAGCGGCUUAACGAUCAGCGGAUAAGCGGCUAAGCAUCAGCUGUUAAGCGGCUUAAAGAUCAGUUGAUAAGCGGCUUAGCAUCAGCUGUUAAGCGGCUUAAAGAUCAGCUGAUAAGCGGCUUAGCCAUCAGCUGAUAAGCGGUUUAGCGGCUUGGGAAAAAGGGGGGGGAACCCUGCAGGAACUCGCAAGACAUUUUCGUCUUGCGAAGCAAGCACAUAGGAAAUUCGUUUUGCGAAGCACCUCCAAAACGGAAAACCCUUUCGUCUAGCGGGUUUUCCGUCUUGCGAGGCAUUCGUCUUGCGGGGCACCACUGUAAAAAGAGACACAGGGAUAAGCAGUUAUCGUGCAAUGGGACACAUACUUUCCAAAGCAAUUUGGAUACAAAAUUGACUAGACAUUUAUGGUAUCCAACAGUGUUGCUCAGCUGAUGGUAGGGCUUCUAUCAGCAGAGCAGGGAGGGGAAUAGUUUUUAGCCAUUUCCCUCUACUGCCCAGAGUGCAUUUAAGAAGCUGCAGGGAAGAAGGGCAAUUGCUGAAAACUUCUUCACUCGCUGUUUUGCUGACAGAACUCUUACCAUCUGCUGAGUGGCACUUUGCAAUACAAUCCUUUCUCUUUCAGACUUGUCCUCAUUUUUAUUUACAUCUUUGUCUUUUCUGUCUUCAGAGAUACCCUAAGGGAGGUGUUACAUCUCUUGAGGAGUACGGGUAACCCGCAGGUAGAGUACAUAGUUCGUAUAAUGAAGAAGUGGGCCAAGGAAAACAGAGUGCCCCUGUAAACCAACAUCACCAAAAUAAUAGAAGUAACUGCCAUCUGUGAUGUGCCUGACUGGAAUAUUUGCGGCGUCUUCUAGCCUAAUACCAGCAUUAUGAAGACUGUAACAAUGCAAAAUAUUCAGAAUAGAUAUUUAUUUUUAUAUUGAUAACUCUUUUUAAAAUUUAAACUGUAUGUAUUGCAUAUAUUUGUGGGAAGAAUAUGUGACUUUAGUUAUGCAACAUCUCCCAAGUUCCAUUUUUUUUUGUACUGCAAUUGCUAGUUUUUAACUGUUCAUGCUAGCUUCAGUCCAUGGGUUGUUCUAUUUUUGUAUAUUCAACAAUGCACUGUGUUGGUACUGUACUGAGACUGCUCAAGAACUGGCCUAUGCUGCACACAGAUGGACUCUAGUCUCAUUGUAUCACUUCUCAAAGCAAAAUACAAAAUUAACUCAAUAAUACUCAGCAUUUCAUAUUAAUACUCUUGGAGCUUGUUUGUACGUUAACACUUAGCCAAAUCAUGGCCUCACUCUGGAUAUUGCAGCAGCAAGACCAGAGGGAGGAGCAAAGGAGCUGUGAUUUUCACUCUGGGUACAUGCAUUAUUGUUCUUUCUCAUUAAGUCAUAGCUUGGUUUAGUGUGGUUUGUGAUCCGAGCCCUGGGCAGUCAUUACAAACAAUAUAUUUCUGAAUUGUAACAAAACCCCAGCAUAUGAUAGGAUGUCUUUGACUUCAGAUGUACUUUUAAUUACUGAGGCCUCUUGCAUAUUGUGAGGCACCUUUUACAGAGAAUAGCUGAAUCAUAUGCUGUUCAUUUCUUUAUCUGGUUCCCCAGGGAGGUUUUGUCAAUUGAUUUAAGAAAGAUUGUUAGCUCAUGCUAUCUACAAUUAACAUGCUAAUCUGAAAGGUACCUACCUUUCCCUGCAAAUGUUUGCAAUUAGUUUGAGGGAUUAGGGGAAUUGCUUUCAGAUUUUACUCCUGAAAACAAGAUUUUGAAGAGACACAAAAGAACAUGCAUUGGAAAAAACACAGUAAAAUAUGCAUUGCACACUUGUACAGUUUUUAUGUAUGUAGUUCAAAAUUAUUUUUAUGCUUCUAACUUUUCAAAAAAAUGUUUGUAAUCUGCCCAAAAUUUUAAUUCUCGGGUAAAAUCCCAAAGAAAUAAAGAAACUUAGAGAAUAACUCAUUAUGCAUAUUUAAGUACCUUAUAAAAAUAGAAAAUUUGUUCUCUUGUGAAUGUGACUAAAAUGAAUACUGUAUGGUAUGUAUUGUUAUGACUUAAUAUUAUGGAUUUUAAUUUAAAUAUAAAAUAUGCAAGGCACUACUACAGGUAAUGUGUUUGUGCUUUGCAACUGUAACUCUGAAAUACACAAUUGAAAAUUUGUAAUUUGUAAUUGAGUAAAUUUUCAUCAAAGCCUGCUGG